GUAGAGAAAAGGCAAAAGGAACAAAAAGUAUUGGGACAGGCAAAGGUCAGUAAAUAUCCUGAUUCUUUUGAAGGUAUUUAUAAAAAUGCAUUUUGAAGGUCGGCAAGAUGUGUAUGUAUCGAAAUGGUAUGCAUUUAAAAGAAUGCAUUACUUACUUGACAAAGAUGAACCAAGAGAAACAAUUGAUACAGAGACAGAAUGCGUUAUUGAUGACGUACAGAAUUUUGGGGAAAAAGGUCUCGGACCGUUUGAUAGUUCUCCCCAAAAUUCUAAUUUAGAUGCAAGAGAAGGAAACAAAAGACGUUAAAUUGACUUGCAAUCCGAAAAUGAACAGGAUGUGAAUGAAAUGCCUCCAAAACCGAAAAAGGUCAAAGCAAAAAGUAAAAAUGAAGAUCCAAGAUUGGAGGAAGCUUAUCAAAUUUUGAAAAAAGUGGCCGCACCUCAACCAGUCGUCACAGAAGAUGAAUUUGCAGUAUAUGGACAACAUAUAGCAAAUAAACUGAGAGGUUACAGUAGAAGGACUCGAGUCGAAGUUGAACAUGCUUUCAGUAGAAUUCUAUAUGAUGCUGAUAUCGGCAAAUACGAGUGGGUUGCUCCACCAGUGCAGUUUGUUCCUCAUACUAUGCCACAACAACUUACAACACCUCUUCCAACAAUGUAUCCUCCUAAUUCUACAUCACAUUCUACCCCAUCACGUUCUCCCUGUCUAACUCCUUACACAACUUAUUCUUCCUCACAAUCCCACUGCUCAACCCCUAACCCCACCUUAACGGAAAUGGUAAAUGUAGAGUUGGCUUAUUCAGACUCACUUUGACGUGACGCAUUCAACAUUGUACGACAUAAUUACAUUUUGGUUUAUAUAUACGCAUUUCAAGCUGUAGCAUUCUAAGUUUAAUAAAUAAAAUAUUUAAGUAUGUG